GUCUACUCUGUAAUCGACGAUUUCUCAGUUUUAUUUUUAUUAGUGUUAUUCAGCGAUCUCGUGCUGCCCAAAGGAUGAUGGUAAAUGUAAAGUUAGUCUAGUUUAUAAUUUUCACAAGCGAAAUGAGGGAGUGUUGUUUGUGGUUUCUCCCUUUACCGCUUCAGGUGACCGGAGUAACGGUUCUGACCGCGGAUUGGCUGGAAUGAUAAAGUAGGUGUGGCGACGGCUGAUGAUUGACAACGCCGUACAUGAAGUUGACCAUAGACCAACAACAAUCAGCGGGAGAAACUUCCCUGUGUCAGGUUUGCUGCCUGGAUAACUUUACCAAGACGGAAACAGGGCAUAUAAGCGGCUAAAUUAUCAUGUAUUUGUGCUAAAGAAAGUUCAAAGAGUAUAAAAAAAGGACACAGUAAAAUGCUGAUGAGAGUGAGUAUAUGGUGAUGGAAGCGCACCUGUUGAGUUUCGUGGAGCGGGUCCGCAGUUUGUCCGACCAUGGCAGCAGUGGAGACCAAUUCAUCUCAACUGAGUUCAGCUUGAUACGACAGAAAAGUGCAUCUUUGAAAGAGGAAUAUGGCCUGACCACUGUGGCAGGAGAAAUCAAAGAAAAUGUGAAGAAAAACCGCUAUAGGGAUAUUCUACCCUAUGAUCAGUCCAGAGUCUGUCUAACUCCAACCACAUCUGAAUAUGAGUCUGAUUAUAUUAAUGCCAGCUUCAUCAAGGGAGCUGCUAGAAACAAGAUCUAUAUUGCCACCCAAGGCCCUGUGAGCAGCACUGUGGUUGACUUCUGGCGUAUGAUUUGGCAACACAAUGUAAAGGUCAUAAUCAUGGCUUGUCGUGAGAUCGAGAUGGGGAAGAAAAAAUGUGAAGUCUACUGGGCAUCAACCACAGACACAUCCACUUUUGGCCCCUUUACUGUCUCAACUCUUGAGGAGUUGCGGCCAAAUGAGGAAGUCGUUGUUCGGACGUUGGUGGUAAAAUAUUGUGAUGAAGCUCGUAAAGUGUUUCAUUUCCAGUAUACUGCCUGGCCGGACCAUGGAAUUCCAGACAUGCCGGAUGGCAUUCUGGGUAUGAUGGAGUUGGCUCGCCAAAAACAGAGCAACCAGACGGACCCUGUAGUGGUCCACUGCAGUGCCGGGUGCGGUAGAACCGGGGUCAUUUGUGCUAUUGACUAUGUCAAUGAUCUACUACUGACUGAGCAAAUACAGGAGGAUUUUAAUAUAUUUGACCUGAUAUUUGAGCUCAGAAAACAGAGACCUUCAGCUGUGCAGACCAAGGAGCAGUAUGGAUUUGUCUUUCAUACGGUUGCUCAGAUGUUUCAGAAGGUCUUGCAGGUGAAAAACAAGAAUACAGAGACUUCGACCUCUCUGUACAUCAAUGCGGUUUCACCAAAGGCUUCAUUAGGCAGCUUCAACGUACCUUCUAAAACACGAAAUCCUCUUCUCAAGCCCAGGCUUUCUCAUCCUCUUCCUCAGACCAGGAUGAACGACACUUAUGCGGUCGUCAACAAGCCAAGACUGCAGCCCCCCAGCUCUGCCACCAAUUCGAACACUGUUCAUCACUAUGACAAUGCUAAUUCAGAGAAAAGCAAUAAGACCCCUGUCUACAGUGCAGUUAAACCUAAAAACAGACCGGGAUCACUCCUGCCUCCUCCCACCUCACCGGUUUAUGACAGAACAACGACAGCCAAUCAGAGAGGAGGACUGCCACCUAAAGUAAUGGACCAUGACGGUUAUGAGCUAUUGCCAGGGGAGUUGAGGUCCAUGAAUAGAGAUGCACAGCCACAAGGUCCUCUUUCACGAUCUCCAAGUGCAACUGGGAGCCAAUCUUCUAUAGAUGAUGAUUAUGAAUAUGUGUCUAGCGUUGUCAAGGACACCAACAGCUCAUUUGCCCCGGCCGGCAUGGGUUUCAACUGUCGCAUUAAGAAACCCAAAGGCCCACGAGAUCCACCGGCCGAAUGGAGUCGCGCAGAAAGUUGAGACCGCAACAGGUUUUAGGUUUAAAAAAAGGGAACCUAUUGACGCUAUUUUUACACUGGGUAAUAGAGCAUCUAUUUAUUUCCUUCAGACGUUUUGCUUCUAGUUUUGUUUGUAUUACGGUUCUAAUUAUUGUAGCAAUUUAUGAUCAUGUUGUUUAGUUUAUUCCUGUAUUUGUGUGACAACUUUAAGAAAUUGAAAAUUUGAGUGCUGAUUUUAGAACUCAUGUGUGAUGUAAAAGGGGUCAUUUCAUUAUUUUAUUUUUAUUUAAGUUUUAGUCCACUUUAUUCACAUUUUUACGUGCCAUAGGCCUAGUGGUAAUUCGGGCCGGAGCACCGAUGGUGUGAAGAAAUUGCUGUUUUCUGUUUAUGGAAUGGUAAUAUAUUCUGACAUCAGUAAGUUUGUUAUUUAGUAUGCUGUUUAGUUUCAGUAAAUGUUCUUAUUGAAUGGUUUUCGAUAUGUUUUCAUAGUAAUUCAAACCUUUUUAUCUCACGUAAUCAAGGGAAAUUUGAUAUUUUUAGCAGGGGUGUCAAACCACACUCCUGCAGAGUUUAGUUCCAAAUCCAAACUGCGUUUUUGCACCCUUGUGCAAUAGUACACUUCAGGAAGGGGACACCAAUUGUAUGGGCGUUUCAAACUAAUCAAUCCCUUCACGAAAGGCCCUUCCACAUGUCCGUUAGCGAAGGGAACAUACGACGGUCACUGUAAUUCAAUCGUUUAUGGUCAUGUGACCCAAGUCCUCACCAUUGAUUUUAAAUCUAGAAAUGGCGGGAGAGUUGGAUUUAAUGUAUAAACAGAACGGAGUCAUUCAAGUCUUUUGUUUUGUGAUGAUGCAACACGCUCAUUUUCGUCAUGCAAUUCAUAUUAAGUUUUAAAAAGGUAAGAAAUGUGUUUACCUUAUAAAUAUAAGAGCAGCUUGAGAACACACACACAUAAAGCAUAUUUUAAAAACUUAAUCAUAAAAGUACAUUCGUUUGUAUCAUAUUAACAGCAAUAAUAAGAUAUUCCGUUGUUGUGGUAACAUUCCAUGUGAUGCUAAUGAGGAAAUGACUUGGUCUUUCAUUGCUUUCUUUGCCAAGUGCGUUCUAGACAGUUUCAUUAUGACACACAAGCACCCUGCUCCCUCCAAAGCCCCCACUUCAAGGGACCUAGUACCCUUCAAAGUGAGUAGGGCAUAACGAUUGGAAUUUGUUUUCAAAUAAGCCUGAAGGACUCGACUAGCUGGAUCAGGUCUGCUUAAUUCAUGUUGAAGCUAAACUCUACAGGACUGUGGCCCUCCAGGAACUGAGUUUCACAUCUCUGACAAGUCAUCAGCUUGUCUGUCGUUGUUGCGAUAUGAUGCGUUUGUCAGUAGAGGGCAGCGUUGAGGUGUAGUUUCUCUUCAUGACACUCCCUAGAAAGACAGAUCACUCGGGUCAUAAAAAUAAAGUCAUUUACAGGCAAUAUAACAUGUGCACAAUUAUUGAUGCCACAUCUCAUCUAUGAAUCUACCCUUUUGACAGAUUACCAUAAGAACAUCUCGAUACAUGACGUUGUGUGCUGUGUAUAAGAGUUUUAAAUUCAGUUCCAAAUCCUGUGCGGACUAUCUGUCCAAUCUUAGCUCUCAUUCCAGAGAUAGACCCAUAAAACUUGCCCUCUAAACUCCAGUGAGAUUUUAUUUCAGUCAUGAAAAUCAAUGGAAUCUUAAGUUGUGCUUAAAGCCGAGAGCACGUUUUCCCAGAUGCUCGGCCUAUUGGCAGCGUUCCUGCAUGCGUGUUUUUGAUGAUGAAUCAUUCUUGCAGUAUGGUAACAGCAAUAUCAUGCAGAAAUGCUGUGAGAUGCUCUUUACACCAUAUCAAACAUGCAUCGCCUGGUUAAGACGGACCGUUUUAAUUUGGCCGCAGGAUAAAGACUUGAAAUCAUAUCCUGUCGGAUGGAUGAAGCAUCUGAAGACUUCUUAUAAAACAGAUUGAUCUGGUCCUGGAUGCUGAUUGGUCAAUAUACCGUUGAAAUGUGAUAUAGGUUGACUUUGCAUUUUUGCAACCGUGGCGUGAAGAAAGAUGCUACUUUUCAAGAAUAUAAUGAAUGAAUAUAUAAGUAUGAAUUGUACUGACAUUAUCAAGAUAACAUUCUGAUUUUUCCAAAUAAAGUUUCAGUGUUUUUUUUUUUAUGUA